GGAGGCGGGUCUUCCGGAGCCCCUCCCCGGCCCCCCUCUUGUCUCCUCCGAGAAAGGAUCUCUUUGCGGAAAUGGGCCUGGAUUCCUGUGAGGCAGAAAAGACUCCGUUGGACGCCAGAGGGAGGCCACUGGAUGACCGAAGGAUGCCCCCCAGACCUCCUCAUCCAUCUUUUCAUGAGAACGGAGGAGAAGCAGCAGCUGUGGAAACAGAUCUGGGUCCUCUGUGUUUUAAAGAUGUCGCUGUGUAUUUCACAGAGGAGGAGUGGGCGUUGCUGGAUCCUGACCAGAGAGCUCUGCAUAAGGAAGUCAUGGAGGAGAAUCGUAGGAUUGUGGACUCUCUCAGUGGUGAUGGAUUGGAAGUUAUGAACAAGGGAGACCACGACAAAUUACACACAGUGGGGAAGUUGUAUGAAUAUUUGGAAUUUGGAGAGAGCAUCAAUCGCAGCUCCGAUUCCACUUCCUAUGAAAUAAAUCCCAUUGGAAAGAAUCACUAUCAGUGCUUGGAAUGUCAAAAGACUUUUAGUCGGAAGGAUAGACUCACUUCCCAUCAAAGAAUUCAUACAGGAGAGAAACCAUAUCAGUGCUUGCAAUGUGGAAAGAGCUUCAGACAAAGGACCCAUCUCACUCGCCAUCAAAUAAUUCAUACAGGGGAGAAACCAUAUGAGUGCCUCGAAUGUCGAAAGAGCUUCAGUCGGAGGUCCGAUGUCAUUUCCCAUCAGAAAAUUCAUACAGCGGAGAAACCAUAUCAGUGCUUGGAAUGUGGAAAAAGCUUCUCUCAGAGGGCUAAGCUCACUUCCCAUCAAAGAAUUCAUACAGGGGAGAAACUCUAUCAAUGCUUGGAAUGUGGGAAGAGCUUCAGUCACAGGCAGGGUCUCACUACCCAUCAAAGAAUUCAUACAGGAGAGAAACCAUAUCAGUGCUUGCAAUGUGGAAAGAGCUUCAGAAAAAGGACCCAUCUCACUCGCCAUCAAAUAAUUCAUACAGGGGAGAAACCAUAUCAGUGCCUCGAAUGUGGAAAGAGCUUCAGUGUGAGGGCUCACCUCUUGGCCCAUCAAGUAAUUCAUACAGGAGAGAAACCCUAUAAGUGCUUGGAAUGCGGAAAGAGCUUCUCUCAGAGAGCUAAGCUCACUUACCAUCACAGAAUUCAUACAGGGGAGAAACCGUAUCAGUGCUUGGAAUGCGGAAAGAGCUACAAUCACAUCUCCAAACUUACUUGCCAUCAAAGAACUCACAGCGGGGAGAAACCGUAUCAGUGUUUGGAAUGUGGAAAGAGUUUUACCCAUAAGGAAAGUCUCACUUCCCAUCAAAGAAUUCAUACAGGGGAGAAACCCUAUCAGUGCUUGGAAUGCGGAAAGAGCUUCCAUAGGAGCUUCAUUCUCACUUCCCAUCGAAGAACACAUAGCGGGGAGAAACCCCAUCAGUGCUUGGAAUGUGGGAAAAGCUUCAGUGAGAGGGCUAAGCUGGUAGCCCAUCGAAAUAUUCAUACAGGAGAGAAACCACAUCAGUGCUUGGAAUGUGGGAAAAGCUUCAGUAGCAGAUCUAAUCUCACUUCCCAUCAAAGAAUUCAUACAGGGGAGAAACCCUAUAAGUGCUUGGAAUGUGGAAAGAGCUUCAGGCAGAAAGCUCAGCUCACAGAUCAUCAAAGAAUUCAUACAGGGGAGAAACCAUAUCAGUGCAUGGAAUGUGGAAAGAACUUCAGGCAAAGGGCCCAACUCACUUCCCAUCUAAGUAUUCAUGAGGGGAAGAAUCCACAUCAAUGCUUGGAAUGUGGAAAGAGCUUCAAUAGGAGGUCUCAUCUCACCUGCCAUCAAAGAACUCACAGCGGGGAGAAACCAUAUCAGUGCUAGGAAUGUGGAGAGAUUCAUCUGGAAGAUAAGUCUCACUUCCCAUCAUACAAUUCAUACAGGAGAGAAACCAUAUCAAUGCUUGGAAUGUGGAAAGAGCUUCAGUAGGAGGUCUCAUCUCA